UUGUCAUAUGGCCCCGAGUCUACUUUAGUGCCCAAGUCCACCGCUGGAAUGCUGGUGACCCAGUUUGCAUGUUUAUGUAUAUAAAUAUGCGACGAUCCUGGUGAGUACUCUAUGUGUGAUCCAGUUUCUAUCUUCACCGCCCACGUUCCCUCGCCAUGUUGAUCGUUCGGCUUCUUACGACUGCUCUUUGCAUGAGCCCGGUCGCAUUGGGUCUUGACCUCGACCGCCUCCUUGGCCUUGAUGGCUCAUCAGACGCAUGCCAAACCAUCAAAUCCUACCUGGGGGUUGGGAAGACAGCAUUGAGUCAGUUGGAUUUACGGUAUAUUCGCAGUCGUACCAGUUAUUGGAACACGAAACUCAACGCCCACGCUCCGUCUUGCGUUGUCUUUCCUGAGAACGCCGAGGAAGUUUCUUUGGCCUUAAAGGUGAUCAAGUCAGCUGACUCAAAGUUCGCAAUCAAAACGCAAGGCCACAACACCAAUGAUGGUUUCUCAUCUGUAGAGGAUGGCGUUCUGAUCGACUUGAGCCAUAUGACUGGUAAGUCUUACGACGAGGCCACAACUCUCGCGACCUAUGAGCCGGGCAGUAGCUGGGGUGAGUUGUAUGAAUACUAUCUACAAUUCGGCCGAACGGUUGUCGGUGGGCGCAUUCACGAUGUUGGAACUGGUCUGGCGCUAGGAGGAGGCAUGAGCUAUCUAUCACCACAGUACGGCAUGGCCUGUGACGGUUUUCGAGAGCUCGAGGUUGUCUUGCCCAACGGCGACAUCGUUACGGCUUCCAACACGCAGAAUCCAGACCUUUUCUUUGGUCUUCGAGGAGGAGGUGGAAACGCCUUUGGCGUCGUGACCAAAUACACUGUCCAAAGCCGACCUAUUGGCACUUUGUACGCUGGAAAUCUGAUAUACGUCUCAGAUCACAGCGAUGAAGUUCUCAAAGCAACUCGCGACUUCAUCCUCUACAACACAGACCCGAAAGCCGCUGUUCUCAUGAACUACAACAUCUUGACGACGCCCGAUCUUGCUCUCGGGCUUGAUCAGGCUGUCGUCAUGUUCCUUGUGUACGACGGCAAAGACCCUGGAGACGUAUAUGCAAACUUCACUGCAAUUCCGCACCUCCUGAACACAAUGGGGCCCAAGAAAUAUACCGAAGUGGCCAACCUGCUACUUCCUAAGCUGGCCCAAAUCAGUCGAGCAGACAAUGUUUUCCGCAUCGGCGUACACCGCGCCGACGACGACAGCUACCGGACUACAUGGGAGCGGUUCCACCAGUGGUCUCAAGACCACAAAGGCGACUACACAUACAUUCACCUUGAUUACAACCCCGUGCCCAAGAGCUUGACGGACGCAAGCAAGGAACAAGGCGGUAAUGCCAUGGAGAUGCCUGACGGACCGUGGUUUUGGGCCGAGUACACUCUCACCACGCCUCCGCUGAUCACCACAGCCAAGUACAACAGAAUCCAGGCCAGUUUCAAAGAGAUGGUAGACGGGACGCCGAAUGCCGAGGGCUUGCCUAUGUUCUUGAACGAGGCGCAUGCGGACCAGGACGCGCUGAAGUCUUUCUCGAGCUACCCGCGCCUACAAGAGAUUAAGGCGAAAUACGAUCCUGAUGGUUUCUUCACUAGGAAGACUGGGGGUUGGUCAUUCAGUUAAAGGAGUUGGGUUGGGGUUUCGUUCGUAAUGGAGUUGGAGAGUUGGAGAUACCACUUUUCGUUUUCGUACAUGUUUAUGUUCUCGUACAUUUUAUGACUAGUUUAGCUUUUUUAGAUAACUCAAUCCGUAUAUAUAUAUAUUCUAUCAUUGCCAU